GUACCUCUGGGCCUACUCUUCUACAAAUUGUAGCUUAUCAAUUUUUCUCUGUCAAGCUUGAACUAAUGUAAAUAAUUGAAAUAAUGUAAAGUUAUAUUUUCAUGUUUUUAUAGCUACAACAUGACAAGAAUACAUACGUGUAAGAGUAUUUCAACUAUGGAUAAUGUUGAUUGGAUAAUGCACAUCUCAGUUACAAGCAGUAAUCAUAGUAUAAUAUCCAUGUAACGGUGCAUCAAUAUAUUGUUAUAUAAAUAUAUCUGUGUGCAUCAAGUGAAAUGUGGUCAAACAAGAGUGAUGACAGCUGUCUAAAGGUUUUUUUAUUCAUUUUAUAUAAAAACUGUUAUGGAAAGACCAAAAUGUUUAUGAACUAUUCUUAUGUAAAUUUACAACUGUCCUUUACUGUACUUUUUCGUUUACAGUAUAUGGUACCUUAUUUUCUGCUGUGUUAAGUAGAUGUCAGGCUCCAAGGAGACAUACACUUUCUACAACUUCUAUUGAAGAUAUUGGAAUUUCCAAUUUUUCAUGUGUACUAUGUCAGAAAACGCUUUUGAUUUUAUUUUUAAAUCUAACAUCGGAUGGCUUUUUCGGAUGUUGUAAAAACUUCAGUCAUACAUAAAACAUGUUCUUAAAAAAGACAAAGAUCUUUAUUUAUUUUUAUGAGAUAGUCCUUAAAACUAAUAAUAAUGAGAAACAAAACAAACAAAAAAGUACUUACGUGUGUAGUCCCAAACAAACCCAGCUGUUUCUACUCAACAAGGACCUCCUUUGCCCAGUGUAUACAUUAGCAUGGUACACUUGUAAUAAAGUAGAAGUAACUUUUUUAGCUAAAAUCAUUAACAUUUUCAACAUUCUUAGCUUACAAUCACUAAGUGUUUGGGGCAUAUGUAGAAAUAUAACUAUUAAUUUUGUUCCUCAUUUUGCACUGUUUUAUUAGCUCAGCUGCUGUUAUUAGCAUAUCGAAGAGCAGAAAAGUAACUUGCUUUAAAAAUUCCACAGUGUAACACAUUUCCAGGCAUACAUGUUUCCAAAAAGUGCUCAUUUCUUGUUUUACUGAAGAGAGUAUUGAUGAGAAACUAAAACUCUUGCAACUUUGUCUUUCUACAAAGAUGAUCAUCUUAAUAUUUAGACAGUGCUUUAAAAUAUAUUCUGAAAUUAAGCCAUUUUAGUUCUUCAAAAUUGCAUAUUAAAAUUUGUUGUAUAAAAUUUUGCAGUUUCAAUAUAUUUAAUGUUUCAAAGUUGAGUGUACUAAUGUUCUGCUUAAAUAUACCGUAAUCUUAACAUUCUGCAAUCAUAACUUUGCAAAUACUGUAAAUAUUUUGGUGGUCAUGGUAAUAAAUAGAGCAAAUGAAGAGAAGCAUUAACAACAUAAUAACCCUACAGGAUGAUUUUAAUACAACACCUUGACAAUACCAUUAAAAAAACAUUGCUGGAAAUAAUUAGAAAACUAUAUAAUGUGAUUUUCUUCCCAGUUUUCUAUUUCCUAUCUCAUCAUAUGCUAGAGUUAUUGGCCUCGGAAAUAUAAACAAAACUCAAUACUUUAAUGCCUUAAAAGGUAUGUGUGGGUCUUUAAACCUGUUUUAGACUGGUUAAGAGUUUAUUUAUUAGAGAGCCUGCAAUUCUGUUGUGUAUAAUGAGGUGCAAUUCAGGUAAAUAUUCCAUUUUCCUCUAAUUGAAAUGAAAUGAGUAGGUGUAUGGAUUGAAUUAGUUACACAUGUUCUAUAUUGCCAAUUUUAAUUGACGAUGUAAGGUUUAUUAGUAAUAUACUAUGAACUUUGGAGAGUUUAUUGGUUAAGUCCCACAAAUUUUAUAUGAACUCUUUGUUGUUAUUUAGUCACUAAGUCUUGUCUGACUGUUUUGUGACCCCAUGGACUGUAGCCGCCAGGCUCCACUGUCCAUGGAAUUUCCCAGGCAAGGAUACUGGAGUUGGUUGCCAUUUCCUUCUCCAGGUGUAUGAACUCUAAAUAAGCUUAUUAAAGGAAGUCGAAUGAUAUAAA